AUAAUUACGAAAUACGCAGUGAGCGAACCGGAAAAUUCGUCCUCAUGUUUAUUCGAUCCAUAAAAUCGAUACAUGUUUAACUGUAAAAAUUGGAGACUAGAUUUCUUUUGUGUGUGAAAAAUGGACGAAGCAGACGAAAGACAACCGCUUAUAUCAAAAGAUGCGAGUCUUGCGAUUAAUAAGGCGUCAUACACUCAAUCAGGCAGUGAAAAGGGAGAUACAAACACAGCAGAGGAGAAGAAGGAUGAUAGAAAGACAGCGUCUCUUAGAAAACUGUUCAGAACAGCCGAUCGUUUGGACAUUUUCCUCAUGUUUAUGGGAGGUUUGGCAGCUGUUGUCCACGGUGCAGGCUGGUCAAUAUUGAUUCUAUUCUUCGGUGAUAUAACCGAUCUAUUUAUAACAGUGAACACUUCAGUUGCGGCCUUGAACUCAACUGAGGGACGUUAUGAUGAGUUUAAUACACAGAUGACCAAAUACUCGUUGUAUUACGUAUAUAUCGGAGUAGCAGUCUUCGUAGCGUCUUACAUACAGGUAUGCUCAUGGACAGUGACUUGUGAAAGGCAAGUUCAUCGGAUACAAAAGCAGUUUUUUCGCGCCAUUUUGCGACAAGAAAUUGCUUGGUUUGAUGCACAUCAAAGCGGGGAACUUACAACAAGAUUGGCUUGUGACCUUGACAGGGUUCGGGAAGGUCUUGCCGACAAGUUUAGCUAUGCAAUUCAGUUUACAGCCCAGUUUUCCUUUUGCUUUGCUAUUGGGUUUUGGAAAGGCUGGAAACUGUCGUUUGUAAUAAUGUCAUUAUCACCCUUACUUGCAAUAGGGGCAGCAUUCAAGUCAAAGCUGAUAGCUAACUUCUCUAAGCGAGAACAAGAGACUUAUGCUCAAGGGGGCGGUGUAGCAGAAGAAGUUUUGUCUUGUAUAAAGACUGUAGCGUCCUUCAAUGGCCAGAACCAAGAUUUAAAACGAUAUGAGGAGAAACUUGAGUAUUGUAAAAAUCUGGGUAUCAAGAAAUCUUAUAUCACAGGAACUGGUCAGGGAUUCCCAAUGCUCGUCAUGUUCUCAGCAUACGCCCUUGCUUUCUGGUAUGGCACCGAGCAAGUGAAGUCCGGCGAUAUGACAGGCGGGACGGUUAUAACGGUGUUUUUCUGUGUGCUGAUAGGCACGUUUUCCAUUGGCAAUAUAACUCCUCAUCUAACAGCAAUCGUUGGGGCGAAAGGUGCCGCCGCCGUGCUUAUAGAUAUAAUUGACAACGAUCCGGAAAUUGACGCAAGCUCACGUGACGGGGAAGACCUGCAGGACAUACACGGAAAUAUAGAAUUUAAAGAUGUCGACUUUACCUACCCGACCAGAAAAGAUGUUUCGGUCCUGAAAAGUUUUAACAUGAAUGUAAGAUCUGGUGAGACAGUUGCUUUAGUUGGACCAAGCGGUUGUGGCAAGUCAACAGCUGUUAAUCUUGUACAACGAUUCUAUGAUCCUGACAAAGGGAGUGUUUCAAUUGAUGGUCGGGACAUCCGAGGAUUGAACUUAAAAAGUCUACGUAACAAAAUUGGCGUUGUCUCCCAGGAGCCUAUCCUGUUUGGCAUAUCAAUUAAAGAGAACAUACUGCUAGGGCAACCCAAUGCCAGAUACGAGGAAGUUGAGCGGGCGGCGAAAGAGUCCAACUGUCAUGAUUUCAUAAUGGCGUUACCUCAAGGCUAUGACACUUUGGUCGGAGAAAGAGGUGCCCAGCUUUCAGGAGGCCAGAAGCAGAGAGUUGCAAUUGCUAGAGCGCUCAUCAGAGACCCGAGAAUUUUACUUCUAGACGAAGCGACAUCAGCACUUGACACACAAAGCGAAAGAGUCGUGCAAGAUGCAUUAGAUAAGGCGAGACAAGGACGCACAACCAUUGUGAUUGCACAUCGAUUAUCAACAAUACAAAAUGCUGACGUCAUUAACGUUGUACAAGAUGGCGUCAUUGUUGAGUCAGGAAAACAUUCGGAUCUCAUGCAAAAACAUGGUGUUUAUCAUCAGUUGGUGACGGUACAGAUGCUGAUUGAAGAAGAUGAAGAUAUGAACGAAGAUGAUAACGCCUAUGGUGUAGACUUGGUACUAAAUGGUAUCCCAAGAAAGAUGACCAUAUCAGAGAAUAAGCAGCUUAAAAAGUCUACAUCAAGACAGAUUUCUAAGCUGAUUUCAAAGCCCAGUGCAACCGAUGAUGAAAAGGACAUAGAAGAAGAGGUUGAGACUGCCCCAGGAGCUAAAUUCUGUCCUAUGCUACAAGAAAAUAAACCAGAAUUACCGUUUAUUUUGAUUGGAUGUAUGGCAGCCGCUGUCAAUGGAUGUACUAUGCCGGCAUUUGCUAUAUUCUUUAGUGAAAUUAUCAAAGUAUUUAUGAACAACUACUCGGACAGUUUUUUGUGGAGCAUGAUGUUCCUAGCACUUGGUGGAGUUCAGUUUAUAGUUAAUUUCCUACAGUCGGUUUGUUUCGGUCACUCCGGAGAAAGAUUAACAUUUCGUCUACGUUUGAAGACUUUCCGUGCAUUUAUGAGACAGGAUAUGUCGUAUUUUGAUGACCCUAAACAUUCCACAGGAGCUUUGACUACAAGAUUGGCAACAGAUGCAUCACAAGUUAAAAAUGCAACAGGUAUCCGUAUAGCAACAAUGAUACAGUCUCUGUUUGGUCUUGUCGCUGCAUUGGUUAUAGCUUUUAUCUAUGGAUGGAAACUUGCAUUUGUGGUCCUUGCUGGCGUUCCGUUAAUGGCUUUGGCAGGUGCUUUACAGUAUAGAUUUGUAAUGGGAAACCACAAGAAAGAUAACGUUGAUCUUGAAGCAGCAGGGGAGACAGCAAGUGAGGCCAUAGAAAAUAUAAGGACUGUGCAGUCAUUGACAAGAGAACCGGAUUUCUUCCAGAAAUAUGCUACUUCUUUGAAUAAGCCAUACAGGACCAAUAUCAAAGCGGCGCAGCUUACUGGAUUAACUCUUGGUUUUUCACAAGGCAUUGUGUUCAUGAUAUAUGCCGGAGCAUUCCGAUUUGGUGCUUACAUGGUGACAACAGGGGACAUGACUCCUGACAAUGUGUUUAAAGUGUUCUUUGCCAUUUCUAUGACUGGUAUUGUGAUUGGACAAAGUAGCUCUUUUCUGCCAGAUUACAGUAAAGCGGCCACUGCAGGUGGUCUCAUAUUUAAAACUUUAGAUACUAUUCCACUCAUCGAUGUUUUCUCAAAACGAGGCCAAUACUUAUCUAACAUAUCUGGACGUGUACAAAUAAGAAACGUAACCUUUAAUUACCCAAUGCGACCAGACGUGCCAGUGUUAAAAGGUAUUAAUAUAGACGUAGAACCAGGGCAAACUGUGGCACUAGUAGGUCCGAGUGGAUGUGGCAAAUCCACGGUUGUGUCUCUUCUACAACGAUUUUAUGAUCCGCAAGAUGGGAGCAUAAGUAUUGAUGGUAUAAACAUAAAAGAUAUCAAUCUCAUUAGAUUGAGACAUCUUAUCAGCGUGGUAAGUCAGGAGCCAGUCUUAUUUGAUUGUAGUAUUAAAGACAAUAUUACAUACGGUCUUGACAGUUCAAUAGGUAUGGAUGAAGUCAUCGCAUCAGCACGUGCAGCAAACAUACAUGACUUUAUAUCUAAUUUACCAUCGGGGUAUGACACAGUAGUAGGAGAGAAAGGCACACAGUUGUCAGGAGGACAAAAACAACGAGUAGCAAUUGCAAGAGCUUUAGUGAGAAAUCCGAAAAUACUUCUUCUGGAUGAGGCCACCAGUGCAUUAGAUACUGAAAGUGAACAGGUUGUACAAGCGGCGUUGGACAAUGCACAAGAAGGGAGAACGUGUAUAGUAAUUGCCCAUAGACUAUCGACUAUACAAAAUGCGGAUGUUAUAUAUGUUAUAGACGCUGGUAAAGUUGUCGAGUCCGGCAACCAUCAACAUUUAUUGAACAAAAAAGGAGUGUACGCCACAUUGGUGUCAGGGCAACAGUUGUCAAAAUAAUGUGAACUAUAAGGUUUUUAUUUUUAGGAUUUAUUUAGUAAAUACCAUGAUCUCUACGUAUUUUUUUGCAUUACAAACUAUCAGAGGUUCGUUACGAACACAAAAAACAAUGUAUCAUGGUAAUUUCUCCGGAUUUGUGAGAGAAAUUUAUUGUUUCAUAUUAAUAGUUAUAUCAUUAUAUGUGUUUCAGGAAAACAACAUUCUUUUAUAUUUAUAAUUGCUUUCAUUUUUUUUCUCCUUCAGAAAUUAUUAUCUUUUUGUUUUAGACACUAUU